UCUGCGGGCUGGCGGCGCGACGGGAGCGCCGGGCGCCGCGCGAUGGGUGCCGAGGCCUCCGGGGGCGGGCCGGCGCUGCGGGACUUGGUGCGUGAGGCCGAGAUCAGCCUGCUCGAGUGCAAAGUGUGCUUUGAGCGGUUCGGCCACCGCCAGCAGCGGCGCCCGCGCAACCUGCCCUGCGGCCACGUGGUCUGCCUGGCCUGCGUGGCCGCCCUGGCGCACCCGCGGACGCUGGCCCUCGAGUGCCCCUUCUGCCGUCGAGCCUGCCGGGGCUGCGACACCAGCGACUGCCUGCCGGUGCUGCACCUCCUGGAGCUGCUGGGUUCCGCUCUUCGCCUGGCCCCUGCAGCCAACCGCGCCGCCCCCAGCUCCCCCGGGGCCUUCACCUGCCACCACGCCUUCGGGGGCUGGGGGACCCUGGUGAACCCCACCGGGCUGGCGCUGUGCCCCAAGACGGGGCGGGUCGUGGUGGUGCACGACGGCAAGAGGCGGGUCAAGAUCUUUGACUCCGGGGGAGGAUGUGCACAUCAGUUUGGAGAGAAGGGGGACGCUGCUCAGGACAUUAGGUACCCACUUGAUGUCACCGUCACCAACGACUGCCAUGUGGUUGUCACCGACGCCGGCGACCGCUCCAUCAAAGUGUUUGACUUUUUUGGCCAGAUCAAGCUUGUCAUUGGAGGCCAGUUCUCCUUGCCUUGGGGUGUGGAGACCACCCCUCAGAAUGGGGUCUUGGUAACUGAUGCAGAAGCGGGGUCCCUGCACCUCCUGGAAGUCGACUUUCCAGAAGGGGUCCUCCGGAGAACCGAAAGGUUGCAAGCUGACCUGUGCCAUCCCCGAGGGGUGGCCGUGUCCUGGCUCACCGGGGCCAUAGCAGUGUUAGAGCACCCCCGGGCUCUGGGCAGCGGCGCCUGCGGCACCACGGUGAAGGUGUUCAGCGCAAGCAUGCAGCUCAUCGGCCAGGUGGAUGCCUUUGGGCUGAGCCUCUUUUUCCCCUCCAAAAUAACUGCCUCCGCUGUGACCUUUGAUCACCAAGGGAACGUGAUUGUGGCAGACACUUGUAGUCAGGCUGUCCUGUGCUUAGGAAAACCCGAGGAGUUUCCAGGUCUGAAACCCAUCAUCACCCAUGGUCUUUCCCAUCCUGUGGCACUGACCUUCACCAAGGAAAACUCUCUUCUUGUACUGGAUAGUGCAGCCCAUUCUGUGAAAAUCUAUAAGGUUGAAUGGGGGUGAUGGGGUGUCCGGGGCUGGUCCUGGGGCCUGGCUUCAGAAGCCCUGAAGCUGCCCCUGCUGAAUUGUUUAACCCUGGCUAAAUUCCUUAAUGUCACCUGUUCAACAGUGAUAAUUAUAAAUGCCUGGUAAAGUUACAAAGGCUGGGGCAACUAUUAAAGAAUAAUAAUUAAA